UCCGCCCCGACGCGCGGCUUCCCGUGCCAUGGCUUCUCGUGGUCUUGUUGGCAUCUUCUUCCUCUCUGCUCUCCCUCUGUUGUGUCUGGAACUCCGGCGUGGGGGCCCGGAUGUAGGAAUUAAAGAUUUCAUUUUGCUGUGUGGCCGGAUUUUCUUACUCCUUGCUCUUCUCACUUUAAUUAUUUCUGUGACUACCUCAUGGCUUAACUCAUUUAAAUCUUCCCAAGUUUAUCUGAAAGAAGAAGAAGAGAAGAAUGAGAAAAGGCAAAAACUUGUGAGAAAAAAACAACAAGAGGCACAGGGUGAAAAGGCCAGCAGAUAUGUAGAGAACAUUUUAAAACCUCACCAGGAAAUGAAAUUGAAAAAACUGGAGGAGCGCUUUUAUCAAAUGACAGGUGAAACCUGGAAGUUAAGCAGUGGUCACAAACUUGGGGGUGAUGAAGAUUCGGUGCUUGAAAAUGCGAGUCACACAUGUUUUGAAACAUCAAACAGAGAAGCAGCAAAGAAACGGAAAUUACCUAAGCCUUUAACUAAAGUUUCACCACCUGCUGAACAGCCCACGCAGAAGGAGGUUCCUGAUUUACCUGAAGAACCUUCUGAAACAGCUACAGAAGUAGUCACCGUUGCUCUUCGCCGUCCCAGUGGGAGUGUCCUGAGGAGAAGGUUUUUUAAGUCUUGCAGUUCACAGGUCUUACUUGACUGGAUGAUGAAAACUGGGUACCACACGUCCCUGUACGGCCUUUCCACCUCCUUUCCCAGAAGGCCUCUGGAAGUGGAGGGAGGCCGGUCGCUGGAGGACAUAGGAAUAGCUGUGGAUACUGUACUCAACGUGGAAGAGAAAGAGCAGAGCAGCUAGUUAAGAAAUGAGAACUACCUAUUCUGCACAAACUCAGUUGUGCCGUGACCCUACGGGACAAUAAAGGUCUCACACUGAGACAUGCCGUACCUUGA